GAUCAGCCCGGAGUGUUUAUACGUUUUAAAACAUGAUUUCGACAUUGCAACCUGCUCAGUUGAUAUUUGCACGCCGUCGUCGUCGGAAGCGAACAACGCCAACGGUGGGAAGUCCAGUCGAGUUCGAGUUGAAGUUUGAGAAGAAGAUAGUGUUGCUAGAAGUGAUCGUCGCAGUGAUCGAAAGGGCGAUCACGAACACGCUGUAUAGGUAGUGAGUGUGGUGAUUCUGCUUACUUGGGGGGCUUCGAUUAAGAUCUAGAAUCCAUAUUAGGCAACGAGUCGUGAUCGUGUGUGGAGUGGCGGACGGUUGUUGGCGCAAAGUGGUGUCGUGAAAGUGAUUUUUUAUCGGUGCAAAAAUCUUUGCCCGGGUGUGGAUGUUGGCGUCAGAAGGUAGAAGGCAGAGACUCCGAACAACGAUGAAGCGGCUUCAACCCGGCUGGAUGGAGUUCUUUGUGCUGCUGAUGCUGGCGGUGACGAUGCCGGCACUAGUUCCUGCUCAACAGUAUACCGGCGUUAAAUCUGUAUCGUCAUCACCGGUGGAUAGCCCAGUAGGAGAAGCCAAAUCACCGGAGAAGGCAGGUGGCGGAACGACGUCAGGGAUCUCCGCCCGCUCGAUCGACAAGUUUGAAGCCAACGAGCUCCCCGAGGGUGAUAGCAAGAUCAUUAAGCUAGCGAUCAAGCAGAUCGAGCCUCAGGUCACAUCCGGGUCGAGAGGUGCCAGGAAUCUGGGCUUCUCAGCUGACGCGUCGUUGAAUGCGAUUCCUGGAGGUUUGAACAAUGAGUUGACCAAUGGGGACUUUAAGGCUCCUGUGACACCUGCAUCUACCGUAGCCAAAGAUAGCUAUGGCAAUCCUGUAACUCCAUACUCAGAGCUAGGGUCAACUGGACUGGACUCAGCCGGAUUCAUCCCGGAUGUCAAUAGGGAUUCAUUUCAGGGAUUCAACAACAAUCAAUACAGUCACUUGAACUUUAAACUACCCAGUUAUGCAUCUGGCAUCAUCGAACCUGUACAAUUUUCACCGGGAGCAGCGUCCAACUUCCAACCCGGUCAACCUCAGUUUGCUUCUCUACCAGCAACAACAACAAAAGCCCCUACCACGGCAUUUCAAUUUGUUCCUAAUGCCAAAAUCCCCUCUGUAGCAGAUGGACAGAUUCUGUUUGCGCAGAAACCAUUGAACGGACUGAUCCCUCCACUUUUCCCCGGAGAACAACUUCCAACAUACAAAAUCGAAGUAGGAACAGAACGAUCACCCAUUUUUGCAAAAGAUCCUUUCGGGCCACCUUCUUUGGAUAAAGGCCUUACUCUGCCUCACAACGCACCUCCCGUGAACUUCAAUCAAGGCUCACCUCAAAACUCUCAAGUCCCUCUUCAGGUGCCCCUUUCUUUAGAACCUCUACCACCACAACAUGCCCACACUCCUCAAUAUCACCAAGCUCCUCAACAACCUCAGUUCAACCCGUCGACUCAACCCCAUCAAACUCCUCAACAAUCCCAGUUCAAACCAACGCAAGCUCCUGUCCAAAAAUUCACUGGAUCGUUCGGUGGCGCUCCCGGCCUUCUCGGAAAUCAACAAAACCUCGGAACAGCUUACACUUCAACCCCUAAACCUGCUCUACCCCCAGCCCCGCCAACCUACCCUUCUCCACAGCCAACCUACCCUUCCUCACCACCAACUCAAUUCAUUCCCACCAUAUCCCAGUCAUUAACCCCAACCAAACCUCCAAACAAAUUCACCGGUAGCUUCGGUGGUGCUCCCGGCUUUCUAGGAAACCAGCAAAACCUCGGUACGGCUUACACCUCCACUCCAAAACCUCAUCACGUCAUCCCACAAGCUCCCUCUGCUCCACCAACUACCCACUUCUCCCCAACAGUCCACCAAACCAGCCCAACUCAAGCCCCCAACAAGUUCACCGGAAGUUUCGGUGGAGCACCGGGCUUCCUCGGAAACCAACAAAACCUUGGCACCGCUUACAAACCCACAACUUCAGUCCCAUCCACCCCUCAGAUCCCCGUCUCUUUCCAACCCUUACCACCGCUGCCACCAUCCCCGUCCCCACAAUACCCCCAAACUCAAGCCCCGAGCAUCAUCCGCCCACCAAGUCCGUUCCAACCGGCUCCACAACAGCCACAGCGACCCGGCCAAUACCAGGGUAACAAGUUCAACGGAAGCUUCGGAGGAGCUCCGGGGCUACUGGGUAACCAGCAGAAGCCGGGAACCCACGUUAAGCCCGACGGAUCCAUUCUGCCACCAUCGGGACCCGGACUCGCUGGACCGAGCCCAACGACGGGUGCCAUCGGUGGUGGUGUAGUUCACAGGCCUGCGUCGACGGUUAGCAGCGGUAGUACGUUUACCGGAAGCUUUGGAGGACCACCGGGUGUACUGCGUCCGUUCGAUAAUGUGAAAGGUUGAAGUGGGGAUUGUGUGCAACGAAAGAUAGAACCGAC